UGUGCAAAGUCUUCAGUUGCAAAAUUUACUUUGGUCCUUUAUUUGCACCUCCGUCUCGGGCGAGGUCCCUCCUUGUCUGGCGGGAUGGCGGAGCAGGAGAGCUUGGAGUUUGGGAAGGCAGAUUUUGUUCUCUUGGACAAUGUGACCAUGGAGGACUUCAUGGCGAAUCUGAAGCUCAGGUUUGAGCGUGGCCGGAUCUACACGUAUAUUGGGGAAGUUGUCGUGUCUGUAAACCCUUAUAAAAACAUAGCCCUGUAUGGAAAAGACAUGAUUGAAUAUUACCGGGGGCGAGAGCUGUACGAGCGGCCCCCACAUCUCUACGCCAUCGCAGAUGCAGCGUACAAGGCCAUGAAGCGGAGAGCGAAGGACACGUGUAUUGUUAUAUCAGGGGAGAGCGGCGCAGGGAAGACUGAGGCCAGCAAGUACAUCAUGCAGUACAUCGCAGCCAUAACCAACCCCACACAACGAGAGGAGGUGGAAAGGGUGAAGAACGUUCUGCUGAAGUCCAACUGUGUCCUUGAAGCCUUCGGAAAUGCCAAAACCAACCGUAACGACAACUCUAGUAGAUUUGGAAAAUACAUGGACAUCAACUUUGACUUCAAGGGAGACCCUACCGGAGGACACAUCAACAACUAUCUCCUUGAGAAGUCUCGGGUCCUGAAGCAGCAGCCAGGGGAAAGGAAUUUCCAUUCAUUCUACCAGCUCCUCCUGGGGGCCCCAGAUGCAUUACUGAGUUCAUACCACCUGCAGAGGGACCCCACAUUAUACGUCUUCACCAGAGAGGGCGCUAACAACAAUUUUGUGAUCAAUGACCAGGCCAGCUACAGACUGGUGGUGGACUCAAUGAAGGUGAUCGGAUUCAGCCAAGACGAGGUGGAUUCAGUCUACAAGAUUCUGGCCUCCAUUUUGCACCUGGGUAACAUGCGUUUCACAACGGAAGGCGACGCUGUUGUUCUAGAAAACGAGGACCUGGUCAGUCACGUGGCUCAGCUGACGAGCUGUGACACUGACACCGUGAAGAAGACUCUUCUAUACAGGACAAUGGCUGCAGGGGGGGGCGAAAUCAUCGAGAAGGGGCACAGCGUCAAAGAGGCGGCAUACGCCAAGGAGGCCUGCGCCAAGGCUUUCUACGAGAGGUUGUUCUGCUGGAUCGUCAGCCGUAUCAACAGCGUGAUAGAAGUGAAGGACUAUGAUGUCCGGGUCCAUGGAAAGAACACAGUCAUCGGGGUCCUGGAUAUCUACGGCUUUGAGAUCUUUGAUAAUAACAGUUUCGAGCAGUUCUGUAUAAAUUACUGUAAUGAGAAGCUGCAGCAGUUGUUCAUUGAGUUGAUCCUGCGGCAGGAGCAGGAUGAGUACCAGAGAGAAGGCAUCGAGUGGCAGCACGUUGAAUAUUUCAAUAAUCAGAUCAUUGUGGAUCUGGUGGAGCAGUCACAUAAAGGGAUCAUCUCCAUCUUGGAUGAGGCUUGUCUUACGGUUGGAGGCAUCACAGACACCAUCUUCCUGGAGUCCAUGAACAGCAAACUCUGUAGACACCCCCAUUACUCCAGCAGGAAGCUUUCCCCGACGGAUAAGUCGAUGGCGUUUAACCGAGACUUCCGGAUAAAGCACUAUGCUGGGGAUGUGACGUACUCGGUGGAGGGAUUCCUGGACAAGAACAAGGACACGCUGUUCCAGGAUUUCAAGCGUUUAAUGUAUAACAGUAAGGACCCCGUUCUCCGGGACAUGUGGCCAGACGGACAGAUGAGUAUCAGUGAAGUGACCAAGAGACCCCUCACGGCCGCCACGCUCUUCAGGAACUCAAUGAUUCUGUUAGUAGAGAACUUGGCCAGCAAGGUAAGAGCCACCUACCCCUGA